AAAAUGCCAAACCGUGCCAAGCAUCUUAAAUCAAAUUUUAUGAGUUUCGUACGAAUUAACGGCACGCGCUGCCGUAAGAUGGCAACAGGGGCAGCUAUCAAAAAUGCCCUUUUCAAAUUACUGCGCGGAGCUGGCACCUCGUUGACGUUGCCAGAUAGUAGUCGCCUUUUUAGACAAACUGGCAACCUUCAUAGACUCCCACGCAACUAUUGUACUAAAACAACAAUUGGAUUUCGACAACAAAUGGACCACACGAUACCUCCUAAAGAGUACAAAUGGACCCCUGCAAAUCUUAUCACUGACAGCUUUAAGCUUGGCUCCAACGGCCAUGUUUGCAUUGUGCUCAAUCGACAAAUUCACGUUCCCACUCACGUGGUCAAGCUGUUAUGGAAGAACGCAUCCUUGCGGUGUGCCGUCGAUGGAGGGUCCAAUCACUUGCGCAACUUUAUCAUAACCAACACAGACGCAAAGAAGAAAAGUAGUAAAGAUGGCCCUGCGCUGAACGACAUGGAACCACCAGAUCUGAUAACAGGCGAUUUUGAUUCAAUUUCGGAAGAAACAAUUGAAUUUUUUAAGGCAAUACCGAAAAUUAGCACACCGGAUCAGGAUGCUACGGAUUUUACCAAAGCCUUCACAGUGUUGCAACCUGUCAUGGUACAGCGUAAGAUUCGUGAUGUGGUAGUGUUUCAUGACUGCUCUGGUCGACUGGACCAGGUUAUGGCCAACCUGAAUACACUGUACAAAGUGCAGAAAGACAAUUGUAAUGUCUACCUUCUGAGCGGUGACUCUAUCACUUGGCUGCUACGACCGGGAAAACAUACCAUACAGGUGCCUCUCGAUCUGGUCACCAGUCAACGUUGGUGCUCUCUAAUGCCUGUUGGCAGCACAGCUCAUAAUGUAACCACACAAGGGCUGAAGUGGAAUCUAUAUCAUGCACAAAUGGAAUUUGGUGGCAUGGUUAGUACCUCGAAUACAUAUUCCACUGAAUUUGUGCAGGUGGAGACGGAUAGCAAUUUGAUAUGGUCCAUGGGUGCUUAUGGCUUUGAGGAGAAAUUGCGUUCGUCCAUCAAAUAAAUUGGCAUCGUAAUUAUUUUUUUUUUUUUCGAUAACAAUUGCCGCU